UGCUAAGUAGCGUAAGCGUUUGUUGAGUUGCGCUUACUCGUGGUAUCAAAUUAAAAUUAGGUGUACAGUUAUUCAGAGUAACACUGAUACAUUCACGUUUUGAAGGAUUGGAAAUUCGGAGUGACCCAUGGCUGGAGUGAUCCGGAGACUUGAUGAAACAGUGGUAAACCGUAUUGCAGCUGGGGAAGUAAUUCAAAGGCCCUGUAACGCGAUUAAAGAACUGAUUGAAAACUGUCUUGAUGCCAAGGCCACAAAUAUCCAGAUUACUAUCAAAGAGGGCGGCCUGAAGUUGAUACAGAUCCAAGACAAUGGCACAGGAAUCAGGAAGGAGGACUUGGACAUAGUUUGUGAGAGGUUCACAACAAGCAAGCUCCAAACCUUUGAAGACCUCAAAGCUAUGUCAACCUAUGGUUUCAGAGGAGAGGCCCUUGCCAGUAUAAGCCAUGUAGCUCAUGUUACAAUAACCACUAAAACAGCUAAUGGAAAAUGUGCUUAUAGAGCCAGCUACUCCGAUGGGAAACUGAAGGGAAUCCCCAAACCCUGUGCUGGAAACCAGGGGACACUGAUAUGUGUUGAAGACCUGUUCUAUAAUGUAUCUACUAGAAGAAAAGCACUUAAGAGCCCCAGUGAAGAGUACUCCAGGAUUGUGGAAGUUGUCAGCAGGUAUGCCAUACAUAACUCUGGAAAAAGCUUUACAGUCAAAAAGCAAGGGGACAUGAUGGCAGAUAUGAAGACUCUACCCAAUGCCUCAAUACUGGAUAAUGUCCGGGGUUUGUUUGGAGUAACUGUUUGCAGAGAGCUGAUUGAAGUGGAAUGUGAAGAUCAGAAACUUGCCUUUAGAAUGAAUGGUUAUAUUUCCAAUGCCAACUACUCUGUCAAGAAAUGUACUUUAAUCCUUUUCAUCAACCAUCGUUUGGUGGAAUCCAGUUCCCUUAGAAAAGCAGUUGAGAAUGUCUACACCUCUUAUCUUCCUAAGGGCACACAUCCCUUUCUCUAUCUCAGUCUGGAAAUUGCCCCUCACAAUAUUGAUGUGAAUGUACACCCCACCAAGCAUGAAGUACACUUCCUGCAUGAGGACUGCAUUAUUGAAAGCAUUCAGAAGCACAUUGAGAGUAAACUCCUGGGAUCCAAUUCCUCACGCAACUACUUCACACAGACCCUACUUCCUGGGCUGACAGUCUCCACCAGUGAGGUGAAACUCACAUCCAGUUCCCAAGCAGACUGCAGUGAACGAAUAUAUGCCCACCAAAUGGUACGCACUGAUAGCAAAGCACAGAAACUAGAUGCAUUUCUUCAGCCAGUGAGUAAGCUGUCUUCAGCCUCAAGUAACGACCAGUACAAGGGAGAAACAGACAAUGUGCCUUCUCCUGCCAUGGGCUGCAUGACACUGGACAGUUUAGAGACGCCCGAUGCCCUGGAUGAAUAUGAGCCCAGUGUCAAAGGGGAAUUGAAGAUGGACAAUAAGCAUGUAUCAGCAGACACACCCCCAAGGAAGUGCCAUCUUGUUGGUGAGGAUGAGCAGAAUUUGAUGGCUGCACCCACCCCAAAGAGGCGUGAUAUCAAGCUGACCAGUGUGAAGGAACUUCGUGAGGAAAUUUCAGAAAAUGCCCACAAAGGUCUUCAAGACAUGCUGCACAACCAUACUUUUGUUGGCUCUGUGAACCCUCAGUGGGCAUUAGUCCAGCACCACACCAAACUCUACCUCGUAAAUGCCACAAAACUCAGCCAGGAGCUGUUCUAUCAGAUUUUAAUCUACGAUUUUGGAAACUUUGGUGUCCUGAAAUUGUCAACACCAGCCCCACUGUAUGACUUAGCCCUGCUCAGUCUUGACUCAGAAGAGAGUGGGUGGUCUGAAGAGGAUGGACCUAAAGAAGAACUUGCCCGAUACAUAGUGAACUUCCUGAGGAAAAAAGCUGAAAUGCUGGAGGACUACUUUUCUAUGGAGAUAGAUGAGGAAGGUAACUUAAAUGGCCUGCCAUUGUUGCUCGACGGCUACACUCCAUGUAUGGAGGGUCUUCCUAUGUUCAUCUUGCGGUUAGCCACUGAGGUAAACUGGAACGAUGAGAAAGAAUGCUUCCAUGAUUUCUGCAAAGAAUGCAGUCAUUUCUACUCCAUCAGGAAACAGUUCAUUUUGCUGGCAGAUACAUCAGAGGAGCCACAGGUAUGUGGGUCAAGCAGACCAAAACUGAAAUCGGCCAAGAUGACCUGGCAGUGGAAAGUGGAACAUGUCCUCUUCAAAGCUUUGCGGACUCUCUUCAGCCCUCCAAAGCAUCUCACUGAGGAUGGCAAUGUUCUUCAGAUCGCCAACCUUCCUGAUCUUUACAAAGUGUUUGAGAGAUGCUGAACUGUUGCAUCUCACAUCAGUUUACGUGGAGUCAACCACAUGGGCUCCUCAGCUGAAUGUUUUAUUGCCCCAGCCAGCACAGUAUGAGACUGUUAGGAGUAGACACAUUGUUAUGAGGUGCUUAGAACAUUAUUCUAUAUUUCUCUAUUGUUGUUAUUACUAUGCUGGUCAUGUUAA